AUGUCUAACGGAGGCAUGGAUGGAUUCGAUUGGCUACAGAGUUUUCUUCCAGCCGAUAGUCAACCCGACCACGACUCCAUUGCCAACAUUGAGGCCUACCAAGCACAUCUAGCAUUUCACGAUUCGGAGGAGGUGGCUAAAGCGGCCGUUAUGCACCAGCAGGCACAGAGGUCAUAUUCAUUUAUGAGGUCAACCAAUCCUGGGACGAAUCAUGCCUUGAAUCCUUCUCAGGUGUACUCACAAGCUUCGGGUGGACAGUAUAGAGGAAACCAAGACCAGGAAAGCAGCAAUGUUCAAUCUAACAAUUCUGCUUCCGGGCCCUCUGUAUACCCAACACAUCGCUCUCACAAUAUAAGUCAGCGGCCAAAUCCUACCAGUCCAUCUCAACAUCAGUUGACUUCUCGGGUGCAUCAGGAUGCAUAUCGCCAUGGUCAAACUCAUAUGGAUCCCGCUGACCCCUCACAGAGGCCUUGUAAGUCCAUCUCAAACUCAUUAGAGGCCGAUAAAAGCCCUCAUAGGGCACAUGAAAUUACCAGGCCGACAGCCCCUCCACAGAGAACGAACCAAAACAUGGCACGACCUCUGCCUGCAUCACAAAACCCGUAUCAAGGCUACUCGGCAACUCCAAAUCAGCAUUCCCAGAUGUUAGAUCAAUCGCACAUGGGACAGGGAAUGACGGCACAAGGUCAAAGAAAAUACACACCGGUGGCAAGACCCCAAGCAUCACAGAGCCCAUACCAAAGUCAUUCCACGAUCCCAACCCAGAAUGUCCAAAGAUCAUCUCACUCGCAUACACCGCCAAGCUCCCACUCAAUGGACACUGAGCUUUAUAACCCCUUGGUGUCGCCGAAGGGAUUCGAUACUUCUGCAGCACGCAGCACCCCUGACCCGCGCCAGUUGAUCACACCAACCACAAGCACUCGAGAGGGUUCCAAUCCACAAACACAGAAUUCGGUUACCAAUUCCACCAGAUCAAACCCGAUACCACCUAGGCCUUCAUAUCAAAACUAUGCUCAUGUGCAGUCAGCCGUGCCAACUGCACCUAAUGGGGUCCAGAGCCCUGCAACAUCCCAGGCUGUCUCAACCCGCAGUCCUUCUGUCUCUAUUGUCUCCUCUGAUCCUGCGUCUGCCCCUCCGGCGCCACCUGCGCAGAUAACUACUGUUCCGCAUCAUUUGGACAAGGGCAGGACCCAGGAGAAAAGAGGAACUCAGGGUAAAGCACCGCCUACUUCAUUAUACCAGGCACCAAAUCAGACAAGUCAGCAGCCUCCGAUCUCCGAGCCAAAUGAGCAGAGCACACCAGCGGCAUCCUCAUCAUUUGCGUCAUCCAAUCCUCCUGCAGGCCCCCACCCGGGGCCUUCUUAUAACUCUUCGUAUACCUCGGGACCUCGCCGAGGUACCUUCUCUGAGUCGGCCAUGGCACAACAGCAUGCUGCAAGGAAUCCACAGUCGCGGGGUUACCCACUGCCGGGACCAUUGCAGCAUCAGAAAAAGCGGUGGGUUCCGACCCAAGAGCAUUUGAGUGGCUCUAUGCCACCCGCAAAGAUACGACGGUUGGAUAAUAGGACAACCCAAGACGGCACGUUAACGAGCGGCUCAGUGAAAGGGGCACAGAUUUCUAUGGAAUAUCCUCGGCCUCGAGGCCCUGGUAAAAUUCUUAAGAAUCGUGAUGACCUGGUCCAGCCGAUAAGACGGAGCGAUGCACUGCCCAAGCACACUUAUGAUCCCGCCACUAUCGCGCGGGAUGUGUUGAUUGCCGCGGGAAAACACCCGACGGAAAAGAUUCUAAAUCAUCAUCUUGAAGGAUUACGUCGUAAUUUUACCAAAAUCCACUACCUUGCAGACCUGGCAACGUUUCGUUGGGACCUUGUGGAUGUUAAGCAGCCUGAACCUCAAGUCGUCGAUCGCAUGCCUCCGGUCCCUACACCCCAAAUACCACUUCGACCGCCUCCUCAUCCUCAACCACCGCAGUCAGCUUGGCAAUCACUUCCACGUGAUCCAGAUGCUGUGAUACCAAACCACGUGACUGUAAGUGAUUUCGCUCCGAUGCCGUCGCGUGACACACCGCCCAAUCGCCCAAUCGCAAUGCCAACAAGGAUCGACGCGCGUGCCCCUCCGGGCGGUUUGAGUGCUUGGGGUACUUUACCUUUUAAACCGCCAACUUAUAAUCCCCCUCAGCCAAUUUAUUCUUCAAACUUGCCUUCUGGACUUCCUAGGGUCGACCCUGUGCCUGCAUCCCCGCAGUCAUCACACCAAUCCGUCCCCUUCCCGGCUUCCCCACCGCCGCAACCCCAACAGCGACGAUUGUCCACCGCGAAAAGUGCAGAUCCGCCCAAACCUCCGCAUACGGCAAAACAAUCGACGCCUAAAUCUACAGCAAAGCCUAAACCCCCAGCACAGACGGCCAGAAGCCAAUCGGACUCUAGUCGCACCGUGAAAUCCCCAGAGACAAGGCGCCUCCCCCAACCACAAGUCGUUAUACCAUAUUCACCACACAAGAUGCCCCAGAACCAGAAAAGAAGGCCAGGGCGACCCCACAAGACUGGAGCGAACCAUAUUGAAGUUGCCAUUCACCGUGAACAGCCCGUGAAUUAUCAAAUUUUCCCAUGCAAAUGGGAAGGGUGUGCUGCAGAACUCCAUAACAUUGACUCGGUGCGAGCUCAUCUUAUCAAAGUUCACAUCCCGCACUCUCUUAUUUGCAAAUGGAAAGAAUGCGGCAACAAGACGCCAAUGGCUGCAGCAGAUAUGUUUAUGCAUGUGUCGAACGAGCACAUCUCUAAAAUGGCUUGGCGGCUUGGGGAUGGGCCAACGGUGCCAAUAAUUGCGGAAAACAAACCGAGCUACCCUUCCGUUCUGGGUGAUCGCAGUGCUCGCAAAGGGACCAUGGUUUUGCCAGUGGAUGAACACCAGGUCAAGGCGUUCAGCAAGGCCCACGGGAAAUCGACUGAGAAGACAAAGGCACAAGCGCUGCUCGAAGCGGGACGACACUGGAAGCAACAGGUCGGACCCGAGAUGGAUUGGAGUGACCGCCGUCUGUCGACACCAGCUCGUCAGAGCAGAAUCCACUGCGGUGAAAUGGCAUUUGUUGGGGAGGAUUGA